CUGAGACACAGAACUAGGACACAGGGCUGAGAUGCAGAGCUAAACCUAAGAGAAAAGACAGAUACUAAGUAAACCUAAAGAUGCGGAUGAAUAACAUAAUAAACAAGGCUACACAGAAUACGUGACAGACAGAAAACAGAUCAAAAAGAUGCAGUGCAGAGCUGCUGAAGUGUUGCUUGAUGGUGACUUCUAAUUUGUCUAAGUGCCGUGUUGUUCCUCAAACUUCCUGUCACCCGCAAUUGUGACAACACCCCCCCCGGACAGUUUUCUCAGAAUUGCAAUGCAAUGUGAAAAUGACACUGUAUAAGCAGCUGUAAGAAACAUAGUGAUCAGAACAGAUCACUUCAGAUAACAAAGCCAGAUCAGCAUCAUCAAUUCUACACUGAAGACAGCAUGAAGACUCUCAGCUUCACAGUGGGACUCCUGCUGCUGCUCGCUGCUUCCUACUGCACUGCCAUGCCACAUGGAGUGAAUGAAAUAGCACCCGUACGGUGCUGCUUCAAAUUCUACACAGGAGGGAUGCGGCAGGCAGAAAUUAUCAACAUCAUCAAGACUCACAGCAGCUGUCGUGAAAAGGGAUUUGUGGUCAGUACUGCCAAAGGGCACGAGAUCUGCGUCAGCCUGAAUCUGAAAUGGGCACAGAGAGCUUUCAAUCAACGGCAACCCAUCAAGAACUAAUGAUUGUCCCCAGCAUAAAUGAUCAAACAUCCAAUUUUUAUUUUACAUUUUAUUUUAAAAGGAAAAAUAAAUAUGUACAAUCAUAUUAUAUAACUGUUGUAUAUAAUGCUGUAUAAACUGAGAACUUUCCCAGA